AGAGAGUGAGAGAGUAAAGGGAGGCGGCUGUGGGACGAGCUGGACUGGAAAACACUGGGGCUGAGUUUGUUCGUCUCCGUCUCUUUGGUCCGACUGACUUGGUUCUUUGGAGGUGUUGGACAGCUAAAUAAGGGCCUUGGUUGUUUAGAAAACGACGGGAAACAAUCUGGAAUGUAUUGAAAAACCUCGGUUUUAGAAUAGCUAGCUAAAUAAUCUCAUCAGAGCUGCAUCUGCACUCCUGCUAGCUAACAAAGCUAACAAGCUAUUAGCGUAGCUUAGCUAAUCUACUAACGGUCACCUGAAGAGACUCGCUGUGAGCUUAGCUCCUUAGCGUUAGCUGGUUUAGCUUGCUGGAAUUGAGCUCGGAAGUUUUUCGUUAAUUUUGUGCGGGUUUGCUGUAAGGUUGUUAGCUUAGCUGACAGCUUAGCUAGUAAGUGGAGGGCAGCUCUUGUUUGAGGGGCGGUUUCAGUUGCCAGGCUUUGUGCCUCGUUUUCGCCACCGUUUCUUCAGCAGCUAACUAGCUAGCUAAUUUUGCUAAGGUGCUAAACCACUAAGAUUUGAAGUGUCUUAAGCGCUUCACAGCAGAGUUUUCCUGUACAAAUUGUAGCUUUCAUCCGGGUAAAUCUCCCUAAGUGAAUCUUGGCUAGGCAGCCAGGGUUGUUAAAAAGUUGUGAAUUAGCUAAAAUCAGCGAAAAUGGCCGGAGUGAACAGCGUAGAAGCGGUGAAGCGCAAGAUUAAAGUUCUGCAGCAACAGGCGGACGAAGCUGAAGAAAGAGCCGAGGUCCUGCAGAGACAGGUCGAGGAGGAGAAACGAGCCCGAGAGCAGGCCGAGGCUGAGGUGGCCUCACUGAACAGGCGUAUCCAGCUGGUGGAGGAGGAGCUGGACAGGGCCCAGGAGAGACUGACCACAGCGCUGCAGAAACUGGAGGAGGCAGAGAAAGCUGCAGAUGAAAGCGAGAGGGGCAUGAAAGUGAUUGAGAACAGGGCCCUUAAGGAUGAAGAGAAGAUGGAGCUGCAGGAAGUCCAGCUUAAGGAGGCCAAGCACAUUGCAGAGGAGGCUGACCGCAAGUAUGAGGAGGUGGCUCGCAAGCUUGUCAUCAUCGAGGGAGAUCUGGAACGCGCAGAAGAGAGAGCAGAGCAUGCAGAAGCCAAAUGUGCGGAAUUGGAGGAGGAGCUGAAAAAUGUCACCAAUAACUUAAAGUCCUUGGAAGCCCAGACGGAGAAGUACUCCCAGAAAGAGGACAAGUACGAGGAGGAGAUCAAGAUCCUGACUGACAAGCUGAAGGAGGCUGAGACUCGUGCCGAGUUUGCUGAGAGAUCAGUGACCAAGCUUGAGAAGACUAUUGAUGAUUUGGAAGAGAGGCUUGCCACUGCCAAGGAAGAGAAUAUCAAGAUCCAUGCCACUCUGGAUGCAACCCUGCAGGACCUUAACAACUUCUGAAGUUCGCAGACCCUUCCUCCUCACCCUGAAACCUAUACCCACCUGUACCUUUUUUCUUUUCUUUUUUUCCCUAUUUACCCACUCCCCCACCCUCAUCAUUGCUGGGUGGCUAUGUCUUGGCUGAACCAGGCCAAGUUGCUUGUUUUUGGUAUAGGUAGCACUUGGCUUCAUUCCUUAAUUCCCUGGCCACGGCCCUCAGUAUCUGAAGCCUCUCCAAUGCCCCCAACGUUUUGUUUUGCGUCUAGCUUUUUGUGUUUAUGCUCUUCUUCCCCUUCUUUCUUUCAAUAGGAUGGCACAUGCUGAAGCACCAAUGUCUUAAGCUUUCAUCUGUUGAAAUAUUCCUUAUUUGAUUAAUUCAUUCCUGCAAUGAUGUGCAAUUAAGUAAUUGGGUAACGUGAUGUGUAACAGAAUGGCUCUUAUUUCUGAUUGCCAGGUUGCUGGGUUUGCUCUGUUUGUUUUUUUGGUAGUUUUCCUCUCCCACAGUGCAAUAUUAACACAAAAGAUGAUAAAAGAAUUGGAAAGGUCCCAGUGCAAAACAUGAAUCUCCCUUCACCCUUUUUAUAAUGACUCCCUUAUCACUGGUCAAAGCUCUUCUCCCCCACCUCCACUUGUUUUAUCACUUAUUAAGCACUGUAUCACAAUGCAUUUUACUGUGCCAAUGCAGUGCCAUGUGGGACCAUUUAUAUAUAUUUUUUUCUUAGCCAUGUAUUUUGUUUAAGGGUUAACACCUCCAUUCCUCGUAGAAAUUAAGUUUAAUCCCCCUAAAUUUAGUUUUUUUUUUUUUUUAAAUUGUUCCAAAAAUAGACACUUCUUAACGGUUUUCACUUUCACCUUUCCAUUUCUUUUCCGAAAAUGUUUUUUUGGCUUGGGUAUAACAGGGAUCAAAUUACAAGUUAAGUGUCAAAUUCCAUUAAACCACAUUCAAUUAGGAGUCUUUUCCUCUUCAGGUAAAGGCUUUUUUUUUUUUUUUUUUUUUAACCCUUUCUCUCCCUCUCCGAAGAUCAUGAGUUGUAGGGAGAGAGGGAAGGAGUGUCACAUUCCACUGCCAAACUGGAGGUUAAAGGGCCAAUAAGAAGGGCAAGAGGGAUGAACUUCAAAGGUAUUAUCUGAGCCUCUCAUCAGUGUAGUUUCUAUUAUGCUCUGGAACAGAAAACUGAACCGAUAGGGUUAAAUAAGGACGUCAAAGCACCAAGAACCUUUUUAACUGGAACCUAAGUUGCAAAGUUAAAGAUGUAAACAUUUUGCUAUCUACAGUGUUUCAUUGUAAUAAUGACACAAGAUCUAAAUUCUUUUUUAAAAUAAAGUACCAUAAUACUUAUUAA